AACGCAUCAUAUUUGGCAACCCAUCACAGUUCCUCUCCAGCGAAGCUAAGCUACAGCCCGCAGCGCUCCCGUCACUGCUGGAUAGAGCACCUUAGGAUAUAUACUAAACAUCUCAGGGCCGUAACAGAGGAGGGAAGGUGCACUCAGGAUGGUCACCAUUCCAGAGUACUACGAGGGUAAAAAUGUUCUCAUCACAGGGGCCACAGGCUUUAUGGGGAAAGUACUUCUGGAGAAGCUGCUACGCUCUUGUUCCAGUGUCAAAACUGCAUAUGUGCUUGUCCGGCCCAAAGCAGGACAGGCCCCUGAAGCCCGUAUUGCUGACAUGAUCAACUGCAAGCUUUUCGACAGACUGCGAGAGGAGCAGCCUGAUUUUGCAGAGAAGAUCGUGGCGGUCAACAGCGACCUAACACAGCCAGAUCUGGACCUGAGCACAGAAGACCAGGAGACUCUCACGGGCUGCAUUAACAUAGUGUUUCACUGCGCUGCCACUAUCCGCUUCAACGAGCCUCUGAAAGAUGCCAUGCAGUUGAAUGUGCUGGCCACACAGAAGAUGGUUAACCUGGCUCACAGAAUGAAGCAUUUGGAGGUGUUUAUCCACGUGUCCACAGCCUACGCCCACUGUGACCGAGAGCUCAUUGAAGAGGUGGUCUAUCCACCACCUGUCGAUUACAGGAAGCUAAUAGACACACUUGAGUGGAUGGACGACAAACUGGUCUCUUUAAUGACACCAAAGCUGUUAGGUGAGCGGCCUAACACAUACACGUACACUAAAGCCUUGGCAGAACAGCUCAUCCAGCAGGAGUGUGGAAACCUCAACGUCGCCAUCAUCAGGCCCUCGAUAGUGGGAGCCAGCUGGAAGGAGCCGUUCCCCGGCUGGAUUGAUAAUUUCAACGGGCCGAGUGGGAUAUUCAUCGCUAGGAACCCCCUCGAGCAGGCAUUCAGGCGGCCAAAUGUAAAUCUCACAACCAAUCACCUUAUCAAUCAGUACUGGAUUGCUGUAAGCCACAAGGCGCCAGCAUUCCUAUAUGAUCUCUUCCUCAGGAUGUCAGGAAGAGAGCCCAGAAAUGCUCUUGUAUGUUGUAUGCCUGUAUUCCUCUCCACAGAGUACUGCAUAAACAUGACGUUCAAGACCAACCCCUUAGAACAGGCUUUCAGACGCCCCAAUGUUAACCUGCGAUCCAACCCUUUUACCAAUCAGUACUGGACCACAGUGAGUCACACCCUUCCUGCCCUGCUGUAUGACGGGUUUCUCAUGUUGACGGGUCAGAAGCCCCGGAUGAUGAAGACAAUCACUCGGUUGCACAAGGCCAUGAUGGUGCUGGAGUACUUCACGAGCCACUCAUGGGUGUGGAACAUGGACAACAUUACCAUGCUCAUGAACCAGAUGGGAUCUGAGGACAAGAAGGCAUUUAACAUUGACGUCAGGCAGUUACACUGGGCAGAAUACAUGGAGAAUUACUGCAUGGGCACUAAAAAGUAUGUUCUCAAUGAAGAGUUGUCAGGACUCCCGGCGGCACGCAAACACUUGAACAAGCUGCGGAACAUUCGCUACACUUUCAACACCAUCUUGGUAGUCUUCAUCUGGCGCAUUUUCAUCGCCCGUUCACAGAUGGCCAGAAACAUCUGGUACUUCGUCGUCAGCUUGUGCUUCAAGUUCCUCUCCUAUUUCAGAGCCUCCAGCACAAUGAGAUACUGAAUCCACCCCAACUGUCCUUUCCCACCCCCCUCUCACGAUGGCUAUGCACACACUUCUGCUUUGCGAUACUCCAGACUCUGAGGGUCAAGCGUACGGGCGUAGUAUCCGCUAUCCUCCCUUCCUGCGUAAAUGCACCCUCAACAUCACAGGGUGCAAGUGCACUCAACUGCUAUGUAGAAAGCAUGAAUUGUCAGGGCUCGAGGUCUGCGAAGCUCUCUCAGCACAAUGAGAGCGACUGCGUUCGUGCCGAGAGCGUUUGAGCAUUUACUGUACCUGUUACACAUCCUGAACGCAAACAGGUUGUGGGCGACUCUUGAUUAUUAUGGUUUGCAUACCUGCUCAUUCUUGUUGGCGGCAUUGGCCCCUUUCCAACUGUAAUCAACGAAGCACAAGGAG